GCCUGGGAGGAAAAUGAAACAGAAAGCAGCAGGCCACGGGAAGAAGCUGGGCGUCCAGGUUGGCAGGCCAGAGGCCCCCUCACUGUGCCCUGAAACAGAGUGAGAGACCCUGCCCCACUCAAGCAGGAGUCUGGAGGAAUAAGAGACACUCUCACAAAAAGGAGGAAGCUGGCAAAGGCGGACGGAUAAUGCACGUGUAGACACACCGGCACUCAUCUCCUCCCCGAACCACCGUGAACCAUCCUGUCAAACCAGCCACGGUGACCAUGGCUUCAGAUGCCUUUGGAGAAGCUGUUCAUGAGGGUGACCUGGCUAAAGCCCUCUUCCAUGUGCAUGAGAGGCCCCUUGAGUCAUUCCUCCAUGAGCCUGUGGACAUUGCAGUAGUGGGCGAGGCAGGUGCCGGGAAAUCCUCCUUCAUCAAUGCCCUGCGGGGUCUCAGGGAGGAAGACGAGGGGGCAGCUGAGACCGGGCUGGUGGGUGGGCAGCAGGACCCCAUGCCUUACCGCCACCCUGGCCUGCCCCUCGUGACCCUGUGGGAGCUGCCGGGGGUGGAGACCCCACUGAGUGCCCCCCAGAAGGAGCCUGACCUCAGCCACUAUGACUUCUUCAUCAUCGUGGGCUCCCAACGUUUCCGCUCGGCCCAUGCCAACCUGGCCCACAGCAUUGAGGGCCUGGGCCGGCGGUUCUUCUUUGUCCGCACCAAGGUGGACCUGGACUUAGAGGCCUCCCGAAGGCAACGUCCAGGAAGCUUUAAUGAGGCUGAGGUACUUCACCGCAUCUGGCAGGAUUGUGACCAGGGCUUGCGAGGCGAGGGAGUGGCCCAACCCCAGGUCUUUGUGGUGGCCAACUGGGAGCCCAACUGCUACAACUUCCCCCUCCUGCAGGAGAUCCUCAAGAAGGAGCUGCCAGCAAUCAGGAGACAAGCAUCCCUCCUCAGGCAUCUCCCCAUGUGCUCACGCAUCCUGGACCAGAAGCAAUCCUCCCUGAUGUGGGAGGUCUGGAAAGUCACCCUGUUGAGCAGCCUCCUGGCUGCCCUUCCUAUCCCCGGCUUGUCCUUCAUCUGCACCUACUUCCUGUUCCGGGCGCAACUUGCCCGCUACUGCAAGAGCUUUGGCUUGGAUGAGCGGUCCCUCGCUGCACUGGCCUGGCGCGUGGGGCAGCCCGUGGGUGAGCUGCAAGCUGUGAGGGAGCACCCGGGAGUGACACGGGUCCCAUGGCUCAAGCUGAUGGCAGAUGCAGCCAGUGCUGCAGCCAUAUUGGUGGGCAGGUGGAAGGGUUUCACCAUUGUUGGCUGCCUGGUAUCUGCUGGGCUGGCAUUCAUCCCCACCUACGCCCUGCUGCGGAAGGCAGUGAGGUACCUGGCCAAGGACACCCAGAAGGUCCUACACCAAGCUCUGAAAGCGGAGGGGAAGAAGUCCAUGUAAUAACCAUCCCAUUAGUGCAGGGGUCCGGCUGGGCACCAAAGAAGAGAGGCAGAGCCCCCUCGCUUCGCCAAGCAAACUGUGAGGGCUUUUUGCCCCUAGCCCACACAGGGAGACCCCCUGUCUUUGCUCUAUGGGACCUGGGGAUGAAUUUCGAGCACUCAAGAAUCCCUGCUUUGAAACCAGUAAUUUCAGCUUCCGCCCCAAUUCUUACCUUCUCUCCAUGGAGUUUCCAUGGCCGCUCUACCUGGCUCUGCGGGUCCCCCCCAAAAUGUGGGGUCUGGGGUGGUCACCCCAAUUCGCCCCUCCCCCUCCCUUAGGGACAGCCCUGACUGCAAGAAUGCUUUGAAGAUGCUGGACUAAAGGCCUUUGCACACGACAUGUGUUUUGCCCCUUUUUGUGCUGCAAAGCUUUGAUUGUUUGCAUGAGUGGGUUUUUAUGGAUGCUUUAAAAGUCUUUCUAGUGCAUUAAAAUAAAACUCCUCAAACAUA